ACCCAACACAAAUAUUUCAAAUUCUUCUUCUUCUUCAGAUCUAAACAUAACAACACUGAAAAAUAAAAUAAAAUAAAUAAACACUCUCUUUCCAAUUUUUCAUUCUUUCUCUAAUUUGAAUUUUUUGAAUUGAAACCCGUUAUCGUCGAUUCCGAUGUCGGCAUCCACCGUGUCAAUCACGGCGGCGAACCCGGGCACUCGUCGGAGACCAGUCAUCUCCACCGACAAGAAAACCGCUAGUAAUCUCGAACUCCUCGCAAACGACGUCGCCGCUUCUCCAAACACCGCCGGCGACGGCAAGAACCCUUCCACCGCUGGCAACGGUCGUGACUUGAGUCAUCACUCGAUCCGAAGCGAUGCUAUUCUUUCGAAAGAUUUGGCACCGGCAACAAAGAGGGUUGCUGGUGGGGAUUCUACGCGGAGGGUGAGGAAGAAUGGUGGGAAGUCUGAGAAGCAGAAAUGGGUUACUGUGGCGAGGAUUUUUGCGAAGAAUUUUGGGUUAUUGGUGAUGGUUGUUGGGUUGGUUCAGUUGAUUAGAUGGUUUGCGGUGAAAUCAGGGGACGGUGUUGUUGUUGGAGGAGGGUUUGGUGGGUUUUCGGAGUAUGAGGACAGGAUUUCCGAGAUGGAGGGUUUGUUGAAGAAGACGGCGAAGAUGAUGCAGGUGCAGGUUGAUGUUGUGGAUAAGAAGAUUGGGAAUGAGGUUGGGGGGUUAAAGAAAGAAAUGGAUGCGAAAAUUGAGCAAAAAGGCGCGUUCUUGGAGAAUGAGAUAAAGAAAUUGGCGAAUAAGGGGGAUAAAUUGGAGAGGUAUUUGGAGGAAUUGAAGGUGGAGGAUUUGUUAACGAAGGAGGAGUUUGAGAAAUUUGUCGAGGGUUUGAAGAAUGUGAAGGGGAAUGGGUAUGAGGGCGGUGGUUUGGAUGAGAUAAGGGAGUUUGCUAGAGGGGUGGUUGAGAGCGAAAUUGAGAAGCAUGCUGCUGAUGGGCUUGGGAGGGUGGAUUAUGCUCUUGCAAACGGUGGAGCCUGGGUUGUGAGACAUUCAGAGGCUUAUGAUGUGCAGAGGGGGAAUUGGUUCUUGUUGAAUGCUAGAAAUGGUGUUCAUCACAAUGCUGAUAAGAUGUUGAAACCAAGUUUUGGGGAGCCUGGACAGUGUUUUCCGUUGAAGGGUAGUAGCGGGUUUGUUCAAAUUAGGUUGCGCGCUGAAAUCGUUCCUGAGGCUGUUACCUUGGAACAUGUAGCAAAGAGUGUUGCAUAUGAUCGAUCUAGCGCUCCCAAGGACUGUAGGAUCUCCGGUUGGCUGCAGGGGAGCAAUCCUAAUUCUGUAAUUGAUACUGAGAAGAUGUUUCUCCUGACAGAGUUUACAUAUGACCUUGAGAAGAGCAAUGCUCAAACUUUCAACGUGUUGAAUUCAGCAGGUUAUGGUGUUAUCGACACAAUAAGGUUCGAUUUUACAUCAAAUCACGGAAGUCCUUCACACACCUGUAUAUAUCGCUUGAGAGUUCACGGUUACGAAUCUGACUCGGUUUCUGUGAUGGCCAUCGACUCAUAGUGUAUCAUUUGUUUGCUUGAAAUUUAUCCAUGUGUGUAAUUGUUCAGUAUUAUUUGUUUAGAUGUAGGUAGGAGUUUGUGGACUAAAUACUAGAUGCAGUCAGUAAUGAUCUUUGUUGGUGUAUUUAACUUCUUAUUGCUGUUUCAAAUGGGUUAUGUAUUUAGUGUAUGAGUUCCGAAUUAGGAAGAUGAUAGAUUUCACAUUUUUGGGCAACACGAAGUUUUACCAAUUUCUAUUCUCUUUAUUGAUUGAUUUUUAAGAUUAA